GCCAAUGAAAAACAACCAACACAAUAAUUAUCUGCAUUGCUCAAAUUUGAAGCGCAUAUAUUUCUACACGUAAUGACAUAAAAAAGACCACAUAAUUAACCCUUUUAUAUGCACCUGGUUAAAACUUGAGAUCAAGCUCUGCAUUAUUCUCUUCUUUUUCUUGCAGUUGAAAAAAUGAGGAUGGAAGACACUGAAGUUUCCAGGCGGAGAGUGAGCAUGAUCGCUGCCCACUUCGCUGCCAACGACGACGUUUCUGCCAUGGCUACUCAUGUUCUCCCCGUGAAUUGCAGCGGCAGUCUAACCUCUUUCACACAAAGGCGAGAUAACAAAGUAAGUUUUGCUAGGCAAGGAUCUAGUUCUCAAGCUUGUUUUAUGAGGCAAGUUUCAGCAGAACCACAGGAACAGCAACAGCUUAACACUGGCAAGUCUGAAAACCAGGGAAUCCCAUACACGAGUACCACCUGUUCAAUUGAAAGAUAUAGAAAAUCUAAGGAAGGGCCCUUGUUUUCUCGACCCAUUGUCCAAGAUUACACCUUUUCGGCAUCUGAGCCUCCUAGGUUUGCCAGGCCUUACAGUGGAGAUGCAAACAUGUUCUGCGAGGAUAUUAAAAAUGCUCCCAAAUCUAAUGAUAGUACAGAGUGGUCUCCAAGGAUGGAUAUAGGGGAGCAGGGUUACAAUUAUCUACUUUUGGUUGAACUUCCUGGAGUAUGUACCAAGGACAUCAGAGUUGAGGUCAAUAACGAAAGUUUGGUCGUGAAGGGAAAACGUUCUGUAGAUCUUGAGAAAGUAGCAAAGUCUUCUGAUAGCUCGAUCUCUGGAUAUCACAAAAUGGGGAUUUUCCAAGGGCCAUAUCAUGUUUCAUGGCCACUUCCCUCUAAUGUGGACAAAGACAAUGUUUCUGCUGAAUUUGUGAAUGGUCUUCUAAGGAUCAGCAUUCCCAAGCUUUGAGAUGUUAGCAUGGAUGCUGCCAGUUGAUGGUACUACGGAUACAAGUACAUGAAUCAUAAUUGCGCGUCUCUAUGAACAAUGUAAAAUGUUAAGACUUGAGAUUUCAGCAGGGAACCAGUAUUACAGAUACCAUACAAGUAAUGAGUUGUGUCUAUGUAUAAAUGAAUAAUGAAUGUUGAGACUAGUGAUCUUGAUAUUUUACCAUAAGCUACUACUGGGAAAGUAGCGCAUGUGUAUAGGAGUACUGAAUGGUGAGUGUUUACAUAAAAACAAUGAAUUGUGUGUUUGUGUGUC